AUGAACCAUCUGCUUUUUGUCGCCGCCUCGCUUGCGAGCCUCGCGAGCGCAAAACCCAUCGACCCGCCUGUCUGCCCAACCAUCACGUCGACCGUGCCUGCGCCCAGCUGUGGGCCCUCGUUCAAUGGGAGCACCUGCAUCAUUCCCUACUGCAUCAAGCUCGAAACGAUCACGAUUCCUUGCGGCUGCGAAAGCGGUGCCGCACCCACUGUGUACUCGACGGCAUCCUGCGCAUGCCCAACGGGUUGCGCCACCGCCACAGAGACGCUCUACCCGCCGUGCCCAUGGCCGACGGGUUGGCCGACGGGCGUGUGGCCGACGGCGUGGCCGACUGCUUGGCCUACGGCUGGCCCGGGUUACCACCCCGGUCAUGGUCCUGGGGGUGGCCACGGUGAGGGACCCGGCCACGGACCCGGCCACAAACCAGACCAGGACCCUGAUAACCAGCCCAGCCAUGGCCGCUCUAAGCGCGGAAACGAGCCUCAGCACUGGUCCAUGGAGUAG